AUGGAUCCAUCGCGACCGACUUCGACGGCGGAGAAGCAGAGCAGGACCGAUGUUCGAUCGGACAACACCGCAAUGUCCCAUUCAGCACGUACUCAUGAAACAAAAACAACCGCUUCGAAGGAUGAGCUCGAGAAGGAGGAAUGGUAUCAUGGAAUGAUACCAAUUGAAGACGUAAAAACAAUAUUACAUGAGGAUGGCGACUUUAUAGUAAGAAAAGCGGAACACGAGAUGAAGUCAAAUCCGGUUUGCAAUUGUCCUUUCUUAAAGCGCUAUAGCUUGACGAGUGAUUGGCUGGAAGCGAUAUCUUCUACAUCUUUCCACUAUACGCCGUACACCAGUCAAAAGCCUAGUCACCGGAUGUUCAGCAUAAAUUAUGGCGAAGUUACUGUAACACACAUACAAAAGCAUUGGAUGGAGAAGAAACCAGUCUUCCGUGAUAUUCUACUGAUCAGGGCAGCUCCAAAGCAGGUAUUCAUUAAGAAUUGUCGGGUUGAUUGUUGUUUCUGA